GUUGACUACGACAACAUUUCAAUCCGUCGCCGACUUUCCAAAAAGUCAUUUGUGAACUACAUAUUACAACCUACUUGGUCAAAACCACAGAACACAUAAGACUGUGGUUGUAGUUCAAAUCAAUCAAAUCAACAGGUGUUCAAGCCGCUGAAACAGUUGUGUGUUGUGUUGUUUUGUUUAUGUUUAGAUUUCUAGUUCGCGGUCAAAAAUAGGAACAAUGGCCUUUCAAGAAUACUCUAUUCUUUCAAGUUACGAUAUCUGCAAACAAUGUAGCAGUUAAAAAGCUAUGAGUGAAGCUAGAGUUAUUGAACAAUUUUUUGGUGUAUACCUUCUAUACUGCUUAAAUCCUAAAUAUAAGGGUCGUACUUAUGUGGGAUACACAGUAGAUCCCAAUAGGAGGAUAAAACAACAUAACAAGGGCAAAAAACAUGGGGGAGCCUGGAGAACUAGUAGUAGAGGACCUUGGACAAUGGUGUUGAUUAUUCAUGGAUUUCCAAAUAAUGUAUCAGCCUUAAGAUUUGAAUGGGCAUGGCAGCAUCCUCACAUAUCUAGAAGACUUCGUCAGGUACACAAAAAGAAACCAAGAGAAAAGGUUUACGAUUUUCAUCUAAGAGUUCUCUCAGAGAUGCUAACUGUCCCUCCUUGGUGUAGAUUACCUCUUACAGUGAGAUGGCUAAAUGAAGAAUUUGUGAAACCAUUUCCAGCUGACAAACAGCCACCAAUCCAUAUGCCUAUAUGUCAUGGUCCAGUGAUAAGCAAAAAAAUGAAUAGCGCUAAAAAGGCUACUGUUCAAGAGCAGGUGUUGAACUUAUGCAACAUUUGUUAUGAACUAAUUGAUGAAAAGCAAAUAAGAUGUCUGAGUGAAAACUGUGAUCUGAAUUCUCACAUAAUCUGCUUAUCAGAAUAUUAUCUACAACCUGGAGAAUAUGUACCAGUAGAAAGACAGUGUCCAAGAUGUAAAGAUACUUUUUUGUGGGGUGACCUUGUCAGAAAAUACAAAGGAUGCUACAAUAAUAUGGAUAUAGAACUCCCGUUAGAUAAUGCAAAUGAAUUUUAUCAUUCUGAUUCUGAGUAAUUUUAUAUUUUUAAUAAUGAAUGUAAGGAGGUUGUAUGUUUUUUUUUUACAUGUCCACAUAUCCAUCAGUCCAGUUCUAUAAUACUAUCAUACGGGAUCACCGUCUAGGUCACGUGUUGUAAUAAGAAGAUGACACUCUAGGUUAACGUCAAUAUAAAAUGGCUGGUUUGACGGGAAAAGGCUGGAAUUAUGUUGCAGGUGUUCCAGAAACUGAAGAACAGCAAAAGCUGAGGUUCCAGGUGGAGUUAGAAUUCGUCCAAUGUUUAGGAAAUCCAAACUAUCUCAAUUUUCUAGCUCAAAGAGGAUACUUCAAAGACAGCACAUUCAUCAAUUACCUAAAGUACCUGUUGUACUGGAAAGAGCCGGACUAUGCAAAAUUCCUAAAGUACCCAAUGUGCUUGUAUUUCUUGGAUCUACUGCAGUAUGAACAUUUCAGAAGAGAACUUGUGAAUGCUCAGUGCACAAAAUUCAUAGAUGAUCAGCAGAUAUUAUUGUGGCAGCAUUAUACACGUAGGAGGAGUAGGUUACUGAUGACACCUGUUGUGAAUGGCAGCUUGGAUCAGAACCCAAAUCAAAAUAUCCAAAGCAAUGGGCAUAUAAACCCUAAAAUGAAACUAUCCCAGAGUCCAUAGGUGAACUCCCACUAGCCAAUUGCAAUCUGGCUCUGAAAUAAUAAAAGCCUCAUCUAGGAUAGUUCCUGGUAGAAUCUGAGCAAUGCGUUGCAUCUUUUCCUCAUUCUAAGAAAUGUGAUCUAAAACCUGAUAAUGGCUGAUUAUUACAGCUUGGUGGUUUGUAGAAUAAUUCUUAAGUUGUUUUAUUAUCUUUAAUUAAAUAUUUAUAAAUAAUCAAUAAAUAAAUUUG